AUGGCAGGGAGGAGUACGGAGGAGGCGCCGGCGACGGUGAGCGGCUACGAGCUGCGGGAGCGCCUGGGCGGGAGGCCCCCGUUCACGUCCGUGUGGCGCGCGGUCCUGCUGUCGACCGGCGCCCCCGCGGCGGUGAAGCAGGUGCGGCUCGCCGGUCUCCCCGGCCGCCUCCGGGACAGCCUCGACUGCGAGCUCCGCUUCCUCGCUGCCGUCAGCCACCCCAACAUCGUCCGCCUCCUCGAAGUCAUCCAGGUACAGCCUUCCCUUGCCCCUAAUUGUGUCAUCUGUCUUCUCCUACCAAUCGGAUUGGUGUUCAUUUUGUCUCAGACCCAGGGCUGCCUCUACCUCGUCAUGGAGCUGUGCGAGGGAGGAGACCUGGCGAGCUACAUCGAGCGGAGCGGCAGGGUGGAGGAGCGCGUGGCCAGAAAUUUCAUGAGACAAAUCGGAGCUGGUUUGCAAGUGCUCCGCAGGCACCAUGUCGUCCACCGGGACUUGAAACCUGAGAAUAUCCUACUCUCUUGUCCAGGCAGCAAUGCGAUACUCAAGAUAUCUGAUUUCGGCCUCUCCAGGGUUCUUCAUCCUGGGGAGUUUGCAGACACUGCCUGUGGCACCCGUUUGUACAUGGCCCCAGAAGUUAUGCUGUUUCAGAAGUACGAUGACAAGGUGGACUUGUGGAGUAUCGGCGCAAUCCUCUUUGAGCUCUUGAAUGGUUACCCGCCGUUCCGUGGUAGAAGCAAUGUGCAGUUGCUUCAGUGCAUAAACAGAACUAGGUCUUUGCCAUUCUCGGAACUCGUCACCCCCAACCUGCAUCCUGACUCAAUCGACAUAUGCACCAGACUACUAUGCGCAAAUCCAGUGGAGCGGCUGUCCUUGCAAGAUUUCAUCAACCACGGCUUCCUCAGGCCACAAAUGCCACAGUGAAACGAGAUAUUGGUGCUGAGCAGUAUUAUCUGAAGCAGAGGAUUCACUGACUUGUUUGUUGUACUGGACUGGCUUCAAAGCUUAGGAUCGGUUGAUUAGUUUCUGUACUUGAUGUAUAGAAAAGGUAUGGAUAUGUAGGGAACUUAUAAAAGCAAAAACCGGUACGUUUUGAUGUACAUUAUAACUGAAAACAAAAACACUGGAUUCUUGAACCAGUCCACAAUACAAGAUGGUAAUAAGUAUAGGUUUUACAGUC